GGAACUCUCCACUCGUAUACCAUUGUUCUAACUCGUGAAUCGCUUGAGGCCAAAACACCUGAGGAAAAGUUGUCGAAAUAUGAAGAAAGCACACGGAGCGGGAAACAAAUCAGAAAAACGUUAAAAAGAAAUUCCGAUGUUCAUGGUAGAUUGGAAGAUGAAAUCCCCGUCAAUCUUGUCAGCCAAAUUAGUAGCACAAUAACUACUGAAAAGCUUCGACAAACAGCGAGAACACCUUUAUCUGCGACGGGAAGUAAAUCAAAAUCGGAGAAUGUUCAACGAUCAAACCAAUAUUUCACCAUCUCAUCAAUGACGCCGUCGUCUAUCGUAACUUCUGGAGAUUCUAAAAAUCUGAUCAGUCACGAUACCACUUCCAAUUCCACUUCAACAUCCUCUGUAAAGAAGUUUCCGAGAUAUACAUAUUCUUCGCUCAAAUGUUAUCCCAAAUACAUUACAAUGGUCUAUGUCAAGUUUUUGCUGCUUUAUUGUGAUGUUUAUCAGAAACGUGCACAACUCGCAUUUACUGACGAGUUUCCUUCGGAUUGCCGUUUGGAAGAAGUUGUUAUCAAUUUCCAUCAACUUUGUUUUCGCCAUCUUCGUGAUCAGAACUUCAAUCCUCGACUCUCAUUUUGCAUCGGAGAUCUCAGCUACUGGAAUUCCAAACCACUCUUUGCAAAUGACAUGAACAAGACGUCGGCACAAUUGGCGAAUGAUCAAUCAGUUGCUCAAUUGUCGAUUAUUGUGGAUGUCACUGAUAAGAAUAUGAAGUUGUAA